CUCGCGGCGCGCCACGACAAGCUCGCGCGCGACCUCAACCGCCUCGUGAGCCGCCGCGGCGAGUACGUCGGCCGCCGGUCGUCGGAGGCGUCCGUCGCCAAGGAGCACGCGGGCGACCUCAAGGGCGCGCGCUACAAGGGCGUCGAGGAGAAGCACCGCAAGGCCCUCAUCAACAAGGAGACGACGGAGAUGGCCGCCAAGGACCUCGAGCACUACUGGGGCGCGCUCGACAAGGCGCUCAGCAACUACCACUCGCUCAAGAUCGAGGAGAUCAACCGCAUCGUCCGCGAGCUCUGGCAGAUCACCUACAUGGGCGAGGACAUCGACUCCAUCGAGAUCGUCUCCGGCGAGGACGCGGGCAGCAACCGCGCCGCGCGGUCCUACAACUACCACGUGCAGAUGCGCAAGGCCCAGGGCAGGAAAAGGGCCGGCGCCGCGCUCGACAUGAAGGGCCGCUGCUCCGCGGGCCAGCGCGUCCUGGCGUCCAUCGUCAUCCGCCUGGCCCUGGCCCAGACCUUCUGCAUCAAGUGCGGCAUCCUCGCGCUCGACGAGCCGACGACGAACCUGGACGAGGCGAACCGGCGGAGCCUCGCGCACGGGCUGAGCCGCAUCAUCGCGGAGCGCGCGGCGCAGCACAACUUCCAGCUCGUCGUCAUCACCCACGACGAGGAGUUCAUCGGCACGCUC